AUGGACAACAAAGAAGAGUCCAACACUCCUGCGAAGAAGGAGAAGAAGCAUUCCGUCAAGUUCAAGAGAAACAGAUCAUCCCGUGCUUGUGAAGUUUGUCAUUCGAGAAAAGUGCGCUGUGAUGCUACGCUUCAUAUUCCUUGCACAAAUUGUUUGACCUUUGGGUGUGAAUGCAAAUUCCCAGAGCGCAAGGAGAGGAAGAAUGCUAGUAAAAAGAGGAAGCUGGAAGCGGCAAAGCUCCAGGAUUCAAAGGCACCAGUACCUGGAGGUGGAGUUGCAGCCAACAACAACAACAAUGGCAAUAAUGUCAAACCAUCACCGCUGGUGGGGGCUGGUUCUACAACAGCUGGGCCUUCAAAUACUACAACGGGGUCGUCCAGUAAAAGGAGGAAUGAACCCUUGGCUGCCAUCUCUGCACGAAGCGCCAGGAUCGACUCGCAGAAACUCGUUAAGAAGAACACAAAUACUUUCUCCUACCAUGGACGCUCUUCAACGGCAAAGUUGCUUACGGAUAACUUGGACAGGGACCCACAUCUCAAGAUUUGUGAUUUCAUACCCCCUUCGUUGAGAAGCACGAUGGAGAAGACGCGGUUGAACUUGGACACAGUGCAGAUGGAAAUUCUAAGGUUGAGAGGUGCGUUCCACUUGCCGGAGAAGCACUUGUGUGAUGACUUGAUCAAUUCGUUCUUUGAACACAUCUAUCCAAUGGAGCCAAUCAUCAACAAGCAGAUCUUUAUGGAGGACUACCAGAACGGCACGGUAAGCUUACUAUUGCUACAGUCCGUGCUCUUGGCAGGAUCUAGAAUGUCAACAAACCCUCUGAUAUUUGACUCUGAUGGCUCGAACUAUUUGGCCAGCGCAACUUUUUAUCAACGUGCAAAGGCACUAUACGAUGCAAAUUUUGAGACUGACGAAGUUGCAGUGGUACAGUCCUUGAUAUUGUUUUCAAGAUUUUGGGAAGGUGUGGAUGAUAUCCUGGGUAACUCGUUUUAUUGGACAAGAAUUGCCAUCAUUGUCGCCCAAGGUUACGGCUUUAACAGAAAUUUGGCAAGGGCGUCAAAAUAUACAGAGGAAAGAGUUAGAAUAUGCAAAAUCAUCUGGUGGGAUUUGUACAUCAAGGAUAUGUCUGUUUCAGUUGCAUUCGGAAGACCAAGAAGUAUCUUGUUAGAGGACUGUGAUGUUCCAAUGCUUCAACUGGAAGAUUUUACCCCUGAUUUAUCCAGAAAGGAUGCCGAAGCGUUUAUUCAGAUGAUCAGGCUCAGUGAGAUUAUGUCAAUUGUACUUCAAGAACAAUACAGUGUCAGAGCAGAGAAGUUCAAGCGUCAUCGUGAUCAACUGGUUAUUACACACUGCGACAUGAUCAUGAGUAGCUGGAGAAAUAACCUUCCGCCGGCGUUGCAAUAUUCUCCUACAAAGCACGAUUCAUUACCAGUGAGUAUUUUGAACUUGUAUUAUUACUAUGCUGUGUGUUUGGCACACAGAUCCACAAUGGUGAGAAGUGCCACUCUUAACGGUAAGCAGUACCCAUCUGAAGGCAUUGUUUUCAAAGCAUCAAGAAUCAUUGCCGAUAUUGUCUCGAAGUUGUUGAAAUCUGGUGACAUCAAGUAUUGUCAUGCAAUGACUAUUCCAAUAUUCUUCAUUGCUGCAAUGACUUUCCUCUGCCAUAUGGAUUCGCAAAACUCUGCUAUCGCAAAAAGCGCAAAAAUUGGAUUUGCAAUCUGCGAUGAUGCACUCAAUGAGGUUGGAAGAAAUCAUAUGGUUGCCUCACUAAUCCGUUAUGAAUUGGAUAAGUUUAUCAAAGAUCCAAAGGCUAGGGAGAAGCUAGUGUCGAGUUUGGCCAGAAAGAAUGAA